AUGGCGUCCACAAGCGACAUUCGAGACAUUAUGAACCUGGGCCAGACAGGGCCCCGUCAACCUGCGCCCAAAAAGAAAAAACACAUAGAACCUCAAAUUCGUGUCACCGGUGUCAAGCGUGAAGUCCAGGCUCUCAUGGGUGAUUCGGUUCCUCCCAUCGCCAUCGUCGAACAACGAUCCUACAAGUCGAGACCGUCCAUUUCCCAGAAGUUAUUCAAACCGAGACAUUGGGAGGAGAGGCCAUUUCAGCAUGGUGGAAGAACAGAUGGACUAGUACUGAGACAUUGGAAACGCUCGAUCCCAGGAUCAAAUGCUCGUGCUCCACCUGUGGCAAGUAUUACGGGCUCGACAGAUGUUGACAUGGCGGAUGAACCAAAGACAGCCCCAGCCGUGCAAGAGCUGCGCUUUGAAGAUGAAUUUCCAUCGCAUAAAUGGAAUGUAAAGGUUCAAAUUCCAUCCUAUACCGAUGAGCAGUAUGAGAAUUUAUUGAAGUCGGAGGACUGGACUAGGCAAGAGACGGAUUAUUUGAUGAACCUUUGCCGUGAUUAUGAUUUACGAUGGGUUAUCAUUUCAGACCGUUACGAGCCAAGCGAUGUGCCUCGGCCAAAAUCUCCCCCUACAAAUGGAGAAGCAACAGGCAGCGAGGUUGUUCCUCGGUGGAAUCCACCUCCUCGUUCCAUGGAGGCCCUCAAACAACGAUAUUACAGCGUCGCUGCACACAUGCUUGAAACACAAAUCCCUGUUAACAACAUGACCCAGCCUGAAUUUCAGCUAUGGGAGAGGAUGCGCAAUUUCGAUGCCAAAACUGAAGCCAUGCGAAAGAACAUGGCUGAGAAACUUUUUGACCGUACUAAAGACGAGGCUGAUGAGGAACGAGUUUUACUCGAAGAACUUCACCGUAUCACUAAGAAUGAAGAUGAUUUCAUCAAAAUGAGACGUGACCUCUAUGCCAGACUUGAACCUGUGACGCCAACCAGGAGGACGGAAAGGGGAGAGGAGCAAUCUACGGCCAUGUAUCAAACAUCUGGAGGCUUGUCAAUGCUCUUGCAGACAUUAGUUGCGAAAGAGAAGAGAUUGAAACGCCCUCCUCUCCCUGGAAGUGCGGAAGCAGGUCCAGCUUCGGCUACUCCUGCUGAUGCUCAGAAAUGGGAGAAGGGAAGGCAUCCUAAUCAAUACACGAGACGGGAUACCAUAGACACACAAGCCGAAGAGCCCCGCCCCCAGAAGAAAGGCUCGACAUCUCAGCCGAACGUCCGGAUGCUGACACCUCAAGAAGAGUUGCGCUUCGGUGUCUCACAUCCUCAAGAGAGGAUCACUAGUGGUGUCCAGUUUCGGCACGAAAAGAUUAACCGUCUCACCAUGGCAAAGAGUCAAACACAAACGACAAAGAUUCAAGCCGCCCUAACCGAGUUAGGCAUCCCGCCUAGAUUGCUCAUGCCCACGGAACGCGUGUGCCGCGAGUUCGAGAGGCUUACCACAGAGAUUAACGUUCUUCUUGAUUGCAGGAAGGUCAAUGAGAAAAUCGCUACAGAAAUCAAGAUCCUGGAAGAGGCGAGACGUAUUAGACUAGGGUUGCCGAAAGAAGGGGAACAGCCCGCUCCUCCGACUGUCGAUGCAAUGGAUGUGGAUUCUUCUCAGACUGCAGACAACUCCAAGAUUGAGAGUACCCAGGAUGAUUCCAUGGCUGUUGCUGAGGGAGAUCAGGAUGCUGAAGGUGAAGACGAUGCUCCUGCCGAAAAGGCCGAAGAAAAGAGCGAAGCGGAGGACGACGACGCAGACCAUGAAAAUGAUGACAGUGGGAUGCAGGUGGAUGGUCGAGCCGACGAGGACGAGGACGAGGAGGAUGCAGACGCAGAAGGAGAGGAGGAUGGAGAUGCUGCUGCCCGAGUUCCAGCCACGAAACCCGCGGAGGAUGAAGAAGAGAGCGAGGAUGAUGACGAAGAGUACGCAGAGGAAGAAGAUGAAGGAGAAAAAAAGGAUGAAGAAGCCGAUCGUUCUGUCACUGGAGUGGAUAACGACGAGGAUGAUGACGAAGAGGGAAACGAAGGCGACGAUGGUGAGGCUCAAGCCGAGGCGGAUGAGGACGGGGAUGAAGAUGAAAAUGAUGGUGAGGAAGAUCUGGAUGCAGAAGUGGCAGCAACACCACAAAACGAAAGCGAUGGGGAAGAAGACAAUGACAGCGAUAACGAGGAUGAGGAAGAAGAUGAAGCCGAGUCUGAAGAAGAAGAAGAAGAGGAUGCAAAUGACAACGACUCCGACAACGACUCCGCCGCGCAAGCUGAUGUUGAUUACCCUGACGAUGCCCCUGAAGCUGAGGCUGAGGACUCGGACGAGGCAGACAAUGCUACUAAAGAAGAGAGUAAGGACAAUGUCCCUCCGAAAUUAGUAGAUACGCUGAGUGCUCGCGCACACAAACGCUCUGCCAGUGUUAUGUCCGAGGCGAGUCGCGCUGGCAGUAAUCGCAGUGGUUUAGGGAGGAAGAAGAGACGUUAA